AUGUCCUCAGAGCAAGGAAGACCCCCGUACCCUCCGUUCACGGCAGAGACGGCCAAAAUAAAAGUGAAAGCAGCACAGGAUGCAUGGAACACAAAAGAGCCGCAUAAGGUCAAGCUUGCCUACACGGAGGACAGUAUCUGGCGAAACCGUGAUCAGUUCCUCACCGGCCGCGAUGCCAUCGCUGAAUUCCUAACUAAGAAGUGGGAAAAGGAGGAUGGCUACAUAUUACGCAAGGAACUCUUUGCUUUUGAAGGAAAUAAAAUUGCUGUCCAGUUUUGGUACGAGUGGCACGAUAAGAAGGGUCAGUGGUGGAGGACAUAUGGCUUGGAAGAUUGGACGUUCGCGGAUAAUGGCUUGAUGAGGAAGCGGCAAAUGAGCGGCAAUGAUGUCAAAAUCAGCGACGAGGAGAGGUGGUUCACGGGCGGUAUUGAUGUGAACACGGUCAACAUUGAGGAAAAACACUGGUAA